AUGAAGCCUGGACUCGACGAUGAUGCCCAGCUGGCGGCAAUGGGCCAUCGCCCCGAACUGCAGCGGAAUUUUUCCAUGAUGGCAAUGCUGGGUCUCGCGUUUGCGAUUCUCAAUGCAAGUUCUCGGAUUUUAUCCCAGUGGAUCACAGAAUCUAACAGUCCAAACGUAGUCAUGGACGGCUCUCUCAGCAAGUCUCUCGCUCAGUAUCACUUCUGGCGGAAGUACUUCCGUGAUCUGGGGAUGUGUUACGGCUGGAAUAUGCACUCUCUGUGUGGCAGUAUCGCUAGCAGAAUUUUUAAGCGCCUAUCCUACGACUAUGAGCCCAAAAAUUGGCACCAGUUUCUAAUCUACAUCGCCUUUACGAUCAUCUCAUUUAUCGUAAAUGCAUUUAUGAAUUCGAUCCUCCCCCCUAUAAUGAAGGGUGCAUUUAUCUGGUCCAUUGCUGGAUUUGCAGUAGUGUCUAUCGUGGUGCUUGCUUGUAAAGCACAAGGUUUUAACUCUGGAUAUCUUGUUUUUUGUCAGUUCAUAAACGAGACUGGAUGGCCGGAUGGAAUCGCAUGGCUUCUUGGUCUUCUCCAAGGAGGUCUUGGACUGACUGCGUUUGACGCCGUCGCGCAUAUGAUCGAAGAAAUUCCAAACGCUUCUGUCGAAGGCCCUAAAAUCAUGAUAACAUGCAUCGGGAUUGGUACCUUUACCGGAACCAUUUUUCUCAUGAUACUCCUGUUCGUUGCUGGUGACCUUGACCCGGUCACUUCGUCGGCUGCAGGGCCACUCCUGCAAAUCUUGAAGAAUGCGACCAAUAAUAACGCCGGGGCGAUCUGCUUGCUCAUGAUUCCCUUGAUCUGCCUGCUUAUGGCAACAAUUAGCGUCAUGACAACAAGCAGCCGUAUGCUUUUUGCCUUUGCGCGUGACGGUGGACUUCCAUUUUCUCGAGUAUUUGCUAAAGUUCAUACGCGUCUCGGCCUGCCACUCAACUCACUUUGCUUGACCAGUGCUUUGGUGAUUAUUUUCGGUUGCAUUUUCUUAGGCUCAUCAAGCGCUUUCAACGCCAUUAUUUCCGCCUCUGUAGUCGCCCUGAAUGUUUCUUAUGGCAUGCCCAUUGCAGUUCGCUGUCUCCGGGGCCGCGAUGUGUUGCCAGAUCGGCCAUGGCGGAUUCCCUCCAUUGCUGGAUGGAUUGCUGAUACUAUUGCUCUCUCUUAUAUCACUAUCACGACGGUUCUCUUUUUGUUUCCACCCACGUUACCAGUCGAUGGAAGUAGUAUGAAAAAUAAGGUAUACAACAUGUCAACACUCGUACCAUCUCCGACAGAAUCCUUUCCUUCUUCCGAAACAACAUGUGCCUCCCCAUCAAACGCUGAACAAGGCAUGACCAUCGGAGAGGCAGAGAAACUCGAUCCAAAUAGAAGCAAAAGCAAAAAUCGAGGAUGCUUCCAAUCCGCCAGGCUGUACGACCUGUACUCGCACCCUUGGUUCCAGAUCCUUCUCAUCAGCGCAAUAUGCUUCUGCUGUCCCGGGAUGUACAACGCCCUGACCGGCAUCGGAGGCUCUGGACAAGUCGACCAAACCGUCGCAGCGAACGCGACUGUGGCCCUUCUCUCUGUCACAGCUGCGACGGCAUUAUUUAUCGUCGGGCCGAUAUUUGACAUGGUAGGCCCACGUAUCUGUCUACUACUGGGAGGCUGGACCUAUCCGUUGUACUCGGGAGCGUUGUUAAAUUUCAAUAAGAGCGGGAAUGGAGCUUUUGUCAUUGCAGCAGGAGCGCUGCUUGGUAUUGGAUCUUCGUUUGUCUGGGUGUCCCAGGGAGCGAUUAUGACAACCUAUGUUCCUGAGAACCAAAAAGGGAGAGCCAUUGCUCUAUUCUGGGUGAUAUUCAAUCUCGGCGGCGGUGUUGGCUCACUGGCAAGCUUUGGCCUCAAUUACGACUCGGUCAGCGGCACCGUCUCUAAUACAACAUACAUUGCUCUUCUUGUUAUUAUGGGAAUUGGCUGGCUGAUGGGUGCAUUCAUUUGCCCUCCAUCGUCUGUACAAGACCAGCCUGUUAGCGAUACAAAAUCAGAGAAACCCCAAGGCCGGCGCGCAAGAUCUAUGAAGCUAUUACGUGUUUGUGUCAAAACGACCACUGACUGGCGUGUUCUAUGCAUGAUCCCACUUUUCUUCUGCGCCAACAUCUUCUACUCGUACCAACAGAAUGAGGUGAACGGAAUGAACUUCAACAUCCGCACUCGGUCUCUAAAUGGUGCCCUCUACUGGCUCUCCCAGAUGGCCGGUGGUCUCGUCAUGGGUUUGAUGCUCGAUACGCCUAGUUUGACAAGGCCGCAGCGUGCUCGUGUCUGUUGGUUAUUCUUGUUCGUGUCUGGCAUGUGCAUCUGGGGUGGCGGAUAUGCUUUCCAGAAGUGGUCGUCGUAUCGAAUCAACACCGAACAUCGCAAGCAAGAUAUCGAUUUCACAUGGAGUUCUGUGUCGGUAGGCCCAAUGCUCCUAUACAUAUUUUACGGCGCAUAUGAUGCUUUCUGGCAGUCGUUCUGUUAUUGGCUCAUCGGGGCCCUGUCCAAUUCUCCAACCAUUUCGGCCAUACUGGUUGGUGGGUACAAGACAUUCCAGGCUGUUGGCGCAGCCAUGGCGUGGAGAAUUGAUGCGCUCAAGGUUUCUCCCAUGACUCAGUUUUCUAUGGACUGGGGCUUGUGUAUGGGGGCUCUGGUGUUGGUUCUUCCCACUGUCCUGGCGGUGACGUUGACGAGCACUGUAGAAGAUGAGAGUCUCGAGCCAGAACUACCAGAGCCGUCAGGGAGCAGGCCAGUCCACAUUGAGAAUUCGGAUCCAACACAUCACCGGGAUCCUAGUCAUUCUGAGGGUCGGCAAUCAGAUGUUGUGUAA